AUGGGUGAGGAUAGCAUGCCAUUGAAGUCUUCUAAUCGGCGCCACGGCUACUCCGUGCGCAUACCGGAGAUAACAGGUCCUGGUGGUCAAGUUCCACGCCGUGGUUCCCUAACGUUGGCGAGAUGCUCCACGGUGGCGAGCAUUGAACAAGCCAUGGUACACUUUAGCAACGCGUUGGCAUUCAGUAAUACCGCGAACCAGCAAUGUGGCGGGUAG